AUGAUGUUUGAAGUCACAUGCUUGACAAAUGAUGAGAUCCCACGCCACGGCUCCCUCCCCCCUCUGAAAUCAGUCAUUUCCGGUACCAACGAGGGGAUCGUUUGUAGUGCUCCACGGCCCCAGGUUACUGUCCAGUCUGAGUCGUCAUGGUCUCAGACUGGCAUUGAUGAGAUGGUGGUAUCUCCCUCCUCGGCCGCCAACCUUGCCGAAAGCUCCUGGCAAGAGUUCUCCGCUACUCAGAAAGCUGCCGUGGUGGAGUGGUCCAACAAUUUUUCUGGAGAUAAGAUUAUGUCUUUGGUUGCGCCGAUAAACCUUAAUCGCAAGCAACCUCUUCAGCAAAUCUGCGGACAUAAGCGCAAGGGCAGCGCUGAGUAUUCUGGACCUCAUGAUAAGCGUGAGAAUCACCGUAUUGCCGAGCGCAACCGUCGCAAGAAUCUCAGCCAGUUGCACCGUGAGUUGGACAGUCGGAUCCAUGACUUUUUCCUGGAGCGUGCUGGCUGGAAACCGUCCAAGAUUCUGCCCCAAUCCAAGCAGCACAUUGUUCAGGGUGCUAUCUACCUCAUUGACUUCAUGAUGGUUAUCAUUGUCCAUUUGAUCCGCCAGGACCAGGUGACUCCCCAGCCCAUCCAAUUACAACAGCAAGUCUCUUCCCUCAAUCAACAAAAUAAAGAGGCUCAGCAACAGCUCCACGAUGCUCGGGCAGAGGGUGAUCUCUUGACAAAUCGUAAUCGAGCCCUGAAAUCCCGACUCAGAUACUACGAACAAAGGCUCCGUUCUUAUGAGACUACAAAUUCUGGCCUCCUAGUCGGGAUACCCGAGCGUAAGUCCCAAAAAGAGGUUCUUCCAGGAUUCCAAGCCUUCCUUAGCAAUAUCAGGCCUGGCACCUAUACAGCGGAGGAGCCAAGAGCAUGA